AUGGCGGAGGAGCAAGCGUGCCUUGUGCGCGCACGUUCCGACUCUGAAAGUUCUUCCAAACCUGGCAGUUUUGGAUCCAUAUCACGCACUAUGACUUACACAGAAGAAAGACUUACUGGCACUGAAGGUGCAGGGGAGCCUGGUAAUGUAGCUACUACCACAUCCAGCCCUCCAGAGCAAGCCACAGAUGCAAAUGAUAGUGGAGAGCUACUGGACUAUAAUGACUCCAGUGUAUUGGAGCAGUUUCAUGAAGAUGCCUUGCGCCAGGCUGGCUGUGGAAUGUCACAGGCACGUGUUUUGCUGGCUGUGACCCUUGCCAUAGCUGGAGCGUCUCUCGAGUUGGCGGCAAUACCUUUUGUGCUUCCAUCUGCAGAGAUAGAGCUCUGCAUUUUACCGCAUGAGAAGAAUUGGUUAGUGCUGAUAAGUCUAGUGGGUGGUUCACUGGGUGCUGUGGGUUGGGGCGCGUUAGGAGAGCGCCUGGGCCGCCGCAGAACUCUGCUCUCUUGCCUCGCCGUGAAUGCAGUAUUCGCAGCUAUUGCCGCAUUUAUGCCCACAUACGGCACGUUUAUGAUGGCCAGGUUCUGCUCGGCGAUCGGGUCCGGCGGCAUCGCGGCCGUGGGCUACACGUACUGCGGCGAGUGGUGCGUGCGCGGGCGGCGGCGGCGCGCGCUGGCGGUGCUGGCGGUGGGCGCGGGCGGCGGCGCGCUGCUCGCCUCCGCGCUGGCGCACGCCACGCUGCCCGACACCGGCGCCGGCGCGCUCCGCGAGAACAGGGAGCACUUCAGCGCCUGGCACCGAUACCUUCUCCUGUGCACCUUACCAAUUCUCGCUUCUUUAGUAAGCCUGAUUUGGACACAAGAGUCACCUCGCUAUCUACUAGACGUGGGACGAGAGGUGGACGCUAUGAUGGUCUACCAGAACAUUCACAGCAGCAACCAGUUCCGUUUAUGCGGCAAGGGCAACGUCACCGCGGCCGGUGGCGACUCAGAGUAUCGGCUUGGAGAGUUGUCCCUACCCGGAAAACGUCGUCCACCAGCUCUCCAUCAUGUGAGGCACAGUGUUAAAAUGUUCUGGCAAGCAUUCUUUCAACUAUUCUCAAGCCCAUAUCGAAGUACAACAAUAUCCUUAGGUGGGGUUCUCCUUUUCAGUAUGGCUAUACAGUACUACCUGUCGUCGUACGUGCCGGCUACCGUGGCGCAGGCCGAGAGCGAUCAGUUCGAGGCGUCGAAGCGGCUCGUGACCAACGAGUCGUUCACGGACGUCCACUACAACGAGACCCUCGAGAACGUGCAGUACAUCGGCGUGGCCUUCAGGGACUGCACAUUCCGCGACAUGAUCAUGUCCUACGUGGAGUUCGACAACUGCACAUUCACCAACGUGUCGUUCUCCAACAUCAUGUCUUCCUACACCGCCUUCCGGGACUCCGUCUUCGUGAACAGCACCAUCAUCGACACGGACAUGGAGGUGGGCCGCGAGCUGGCCGACUGCGCGCUGAGCGGCAGCGUGGUGCGCGGCAUCCGCGGCGGGUGCGCGCGCCACGCCGACCUGCGCACGCACCUCGGCGGGCUGCGCGGCGAGCAGGGGCACGCGGGCCGCGCCGCGCUCGUCGCCGCCGCGCUCGCGCUGCUGCCGCACCCGUGCGCCCUGCGCCCCGCCGUUUUCCUAUGCGCAGCCUGUAUACUACUGUCGCCGUCUCUCUACUUUACCCAAGACGAAGUAAUGCUUUAUAUCAUAGAAGCAACCUAUAGAUUACUGCUGACGCUUAUAUUUUACAAUGUCGGACUUGACGUUGUAGAUUCGUACCCUGCUAACUUGCGAUGCACAGCGCAUGGUCUUAUACUAUCUGUGGCUUAUAUGGGAGGAGCAAUUGUCAAAGGUUCGGGGGAAGGUGGCCCAAUUCUUAGCUGCGGUCUCUGUGGCUUAUUCGCCAUAGCCGCGACCGGUUUCUCAUUGCAUAAACGA